GCUAGAUUGCGAAUAGCGGAUUUGUCAUUGGCGUUGCGCUUGCGUGUAUUGCCAAUACUGCUGUAUUGACUUCAUGGCUCAGCCUCAGGACAACAAAAUGGCGGAAAAAUCAUCCGAAGAAUGCAGGAUACCGGAGGAAAUCAAGAAGUCUGUGCGAGCUGUCCUCUUGUCCAAGAUUGGAGGGGUGCCACUGGAAAGCUUUUCUUCUGACUUCAAGAAACUUGCAGGCUACCCACUUCGUUUCAAUAAGCUUGGUUUCCCAACCCUCAGACAAUUUCUAGAAGCCAUGCCAGAUCAUGUUAGGUUUAAUUACAGUGAUGAGGCAUCAAAGUGGAUGUUGUAUGGGAUAGGGGAUCCUAAUUCCUACAUGAGCUCUGCAGCAAAGAAAGCACAGUUCUCAAAGCCUGGUGAUGGGACAAAGGAAACCAGAAAGAGGAACAGAAGAAAAUCCCCAAAGUCAAACAAAGACAAAGGAGAGAAUCGCCUUGCCAAAGAACAAAAUCUAUCACAAAAUUCAAACACCGAUCAGAAAGCUGAAGGACUCAGAGUAUCACGCAGUCAUAGAGGAUUAUUCUCAGUAUGUGUAUUCUAUAGCGGAAAGCUGGGUGACAACAAACACAUAGUAAUGCAGGAAGUUGUUGAGUUAUUUGCUACCCAAGGAGAUGUGAUAGAAAAGUCCGCUGUAAAAAACUUGAUGUUCUUCAGGUUUCUGAAGGAAGAGGAGGCUAUCUCGGUCAUCAAAUUAUACAAUGGACGUUGUCUCUCUGAUGGGAACCCAAUCAGAGUCCAACCGGCUACAGAAAAAAUGGCUUCUCGGAACAAAUCUGAACGUCCUCAUGGGAAGCCUUCCCAGUAUGAACAAGGAGGGGAGCAGCAGCAACAUUUGCAGCACCUCAUGCAGCAACACAAUCAACAACAUGAGCAAAUACUAGCACAACAUCAGAUGCUGCAACAUUAUAAUUGUGAGCCGUGGUCUCCAGAUACAUACCAGUACCUGCAACCGCAUAUAGGUAUGCAAGAAGCAUACAUAGGAAUGCAUGGAGAGCCGUUCUCGGAGGGGUAUUCUGACUACAAUGGUUUUGAAGACAGUGUUGGAGUAAGUGCAAGUGCUGUAGUGGAGAUUUGUGUGCUUAAUCUCACCCAAGCAGUCACAAAAGAGGAUCUUUUGUCUGUUUUCUGGAGUUUCAACCCACUGAUGGUGAGACUACGUACUAAACAAGGUGAUGGGAACAGAAGAAGUUGCUUUGCCUUUGUUGCAUUUGGUUGUCUUGUUGAUGCUCACAAUGCUCAAGCCAACAUGCAAGGUACCUUUAUCAAAGGCUGUCAUCUUAAGAUAGAAAUUGCCAAAACCAAACAGCAUCAUCCGCAAGAAGAACAGGUCCCAUUGCAGCAAGACAAAAAUCUUGACAACCGGAAGCCAAGAACAGAGCGAAGUCAAUCAAGAGGUCAAUCAAGAGACCACCGACACAGUAGCAGAUCUGAAGAUGAAUCUAAUGACAGCAUUUCAGCUGAAAUGGUAGUGAGUGACAGUUCUGACAGCCCGUCGUACAUGGACAACAAGAUACCAGUCAUUGAUGAUUCGCCUUACUCUGCCAAAGCAUCUCGUUUAGACGAUACCUCAAGUUCUGGAGGCAGUGAAGGUUCUCCUGUUCCUAGUCAACCAGACGGAGGCAUGAUGAUUGGUCAAGGGAGAGGAUCGUUACACGGUCAUGUAUCGCCUUCUCUAGGGAGGGGUCUCGCUAUGCUUAGUAUAGGGACGGAGAAGAAGAAACCCAGACCAAGUCUGGCUGAUUUGGUAGGCAAACUCCAUGAACUGUGAUGCCUCACAGUGCAGCUGACGGUUGUGGGUUUACUGGUAUCAUGGAGUGUGCUUUCACGAUGAAACCCCCUCGCGGUUUAGAAUGGGAAAACAAUCAAGAAUGCACUUGAUUGGUUUGCCCUUACCUGAAAAUCCUGCAUAGUAUUGUCAUGACAUAAGUAGGAAGAAGAGGAGAUGUACUGGUAUGCUCAUAGGGGCAACACAGGGCCAAUAUCCUUACAAUUAUAUAGUUUCAGGCUCUUGUGAGAAGGCCUGUACCAGCAUAUAGGAAUGGCAGACUCCGAGACAAUAUGAAGUGUGGGUAUUCCCCCUACUGACGUCCUUGACCAGUGUGUACAGCCAUGCUGUAUGUAAGUCUAUUUCUCUUGCAUACAUUGGAAUAGUGUACCAUUAAAAGAUGUUCUAGAUGUCACCCCAUUGGCUGAAAAUUAUCAAGCAGUCCUAAACCUUGCAUUCAGAUCGCAACAAUUGAUUCUUAUGUCGUUGAUAUGCCAAGGUGGGGGUGUAUAUCAUUCUACCAAUCUAAACCAUGAUGUUAUUG